GCACGACCUCGGGGGCGGGUCCUCGGGCGGCGCAAGGCCGCAGGGCUCACGUUCCCGCCUGCGACCUCUGCCUGUGGCGUCUGCGCCAUGGCGGCUUCGCUCUUGCUGCGGCGUGGACGAGCUGGGGCGCUGCAGGCUAUACUCCUGGAAGCACGAGUGUUCCGAGGACUUGCUUCUACAGUUCCUCUUUCGGCAGAGUUGGGGAAGAAUGAGAAGGGGCUGCCAUCAAAUCCCAAGAAGCAAAGCCCAUCAAAAAAUGUAGUGCAACCAAAGGAGAGGGGCAAGCUUCUACCCACCCACACGGCAGCCGCACUGGCAAAACACUUUCCUCCCCCUGGGUCUCGCCCAUCGGUGGGGGAUAAAGGCGGGGCGGUGGCCAGCCCUCACCCUGGUGGCAGCAAACAGCUCACAGAUGAAGGGGUCCCCAAAUCUUUGUCAAGAAAGACUUUGGUAGAAUUUCCUCAAAAAAUUCCACCUCCAUUCCCAGAACAGGCUUCUGACUCAGAUUCAUCCUCAUCCUCAUCCACGUCCAGUUCCUCUGAUUCUGAGUCCGACGAGGAGGGGAGUGUCACACAAGUUGGUCCCCAAAUGACAAGUAGAGGCAAGGGAGAGACUGCCCACCCCUCUAAGAAAAGACACCCCCAAAGCGCAAUAUCUGCAAAAGAGAAAAACAGGGCACAGAAGCCAGACACCAAUGUCACAUACCCAGAGAAGCCCCAUCAGCCAAAGAAGAAAGGGACUCUGACCAAACCACUAGAGGAUAGCACAGAGGCCAAACCCAAACACCUGACACCCAGAUCACAAGCUGAUGAAGAGGUUCUGAAGCAAAAUCUAAAGGAAGAACAAUUGCAGAAAAUACUCAGGUUGAGUGAGAUAGAGAAAGAAAGCCAAAAGCUCUUUGAAGUCAAAGAAAUCUCACCUGAGCACACAAAAACUGGAUUGUCUGCAGGGUUCAGUGGAGGCCAGGUGUCUAUACCAUGGACAGAACCGGCCAGGGCCAGGGGGCAACUGCCAGCCUCUGAUCCUGGGGAUCCCAAAGUGCCAGAGCCAGGAUGGGAGGCAGCUUCUCCCCUGAUCAGAGUAGAAAAUGUGGGGAAGCAGGUAACAGAAGGACACUAAAGGCCAAGGAGGAGAUCUUGGGAGAUCCAGUCCCAGUGAGAAACUUGAAGGUGGUUCCUGUUGAGAAGAAGGGUGUCUUUGAUGAAAUGACAGCAGGACUGACGCUGAAGGGGGGA